GGUUCGCGUUACGCCGGGGUUGCAUCACGGGCGCCGGGCUAUAAGAAGCCUGAGGGUCCUGCAUGUGGGCACCAUCAGGUCCACAUUGUCCUGCAGUACAGGUCUUACCCAGUCAGCAGUCAUGAAAUUCUCCCUCAUCGCAGCCGUUGUCGUGCUCGCCCUGGCACAAGGAAGCUUCGCUCAGGAUGCUGCCGACAUCGAGAGGCUCGGUCAGUACUUUGAGGAGAUGAAGACCAAAAUGACUCAGGAGCUGACUGAGAUGAUCCGCACCAGAGACCUUGCAAGCGAGGCCCAGACCUUCCUCGAGGACAGGAAAUCCCAGCUGGAGCCCCUGGCUGCUCAGAUCCAGCAGCAGCUGCAGAGCGUCGCCACCAGCGUGGAGGAGCAGAUCAAACCCAUGGCUGCCAGCGUGCAGACCCAGGUCCAGCCCAUGCUCGAAAGCUUCCAGAAGCAGAUGGAGCUCAUGUUCCAGAAAAUGGCAGAGCAGGCCAAGGCCAUCGGCCAGUAAACCAUCUUCUCCGUCGUGGGACCGAGUUCAUGGAGAUACUGGUGUUCAGGAAGCUGAUAAUGUGUUUCAGUGCUUGUUGACGUGCGUCAUCUGUCUCAAAGCACAAUUAAAAACUUGAAACAAA